AUGGUGUUUUCAAAAUUCAAUGUGCGGUUUCCGCUCCCAAAGACCUUUCUGGGCUGCAUCGGCCUCCAGACGGGCACCGAGGUCAUCUCCCUGAUCCUCCUUUUCAACAGGCUCACCGGCCUGUACGGCCUCCUCGCCAUCUUCACGGGCUACGAGCUGUCGGUGACCCAGCUGUCAAUGUACCUCUACUCGCUGGGGGUCGUCGUCCUGCUGGCCAUGUUCAUGCCUCACAUCCGCAAGCAAACCCCCUUUGAGACGCUGGGUCUCGCGUGGCUCUACAUUGUCGACACGAUCCUCAACGUCGCGUACACGACCUUCUUCGCCGUGAACUGGUACCUCAACAGCAGCGCCCUGGACAAGCAUCCGGCGGGGAGCACCACGGCGGCAACGGCCCCGGCGGCGGCGGAGAUUGCGGAGAUAGCGCUCGCCAACGGGGCACCCGUUGUGCCGGACGUCCCCGGGACGACGAAGCACAUUGGUCCCCAGGAGUCGUGGAUGAGUCUGGGGCUGAUUUGCUCCGUGACGCUGGUGCGCGUCUACUUUGCGCUCGUUGUCAUGUCGUUUGCGCAGCAGGUGUUGCAGCGGUACACGGCGGAUAUGGGCUGGGAGGAGGAGGGCCGCAGUAACAACAAGAAGGGCGGCCUCGACGGGCCGUUUUCACAAGGCGAACCCGGGGGUGAGGGUUCCCGUGGCCGCAUCGGGCGCGUGAUGCUCGCCCUCGGGCGCGGGUAUUGGCUUCGCGAGAGGCCUCAGGAGGAGUGGGCGAGCGCAGUGAGCGCCAAGUUCCGGCACGCCGGGGUUUAA